CGAGAUUACUGCUAAACUAGGAUAGGAAUAGGAUAAAGAGAUAGUGAGUCAACAAGUCAUGCCCUAAAUACGUGUCAAAAAAACAACAAGUCAUGCCUAAACAACGUCGUUGAUUACAUCAACAGCUUUCCUUGGAUAAAGAUAAGAGAACAAGACAAAAACUCUCGCCGCGGCAGACAGCAAUGCCUAUUUAAUCCCACCCUCAGCUCAAUCCCCAAUCUCUCUUCCUUCCCCUUCUCCCUCUCUCCCUCAGUUUCCUGGAUCUUGAGAAAUCCCCGAGCAAUUUCCCCUCAAUCUUGAUCUUGGGCAGCAUGGGGGACGACUGGAUCGCGGCGAGGUACCUCCUCUCCUCCAUCCUCGGGCGGAACCCCCUCGUCCUCGACCACGUCGACGAGGAGUCCUUCCCCGUCGACGCCAGCAACCCCCGCGCAGGCGGCGGCGGCGGCCGUGGUGGGCCGGUGGCGGUGCCGGCGGUGCGAGCGCCGGAGAGCGUGGCCGGCACGGUGUGCGCGGUGUGCACGGAGGAGAUCGCGGCGGGGGACGCGGCGGCUCGGCUGCCGUGCGCGCACUGGUACCACGCCGGCUGCAUCGCGCCGUGGCUCGGGAUCCGCGGCACCUGCCCCUCCUGCCGCGCCGAGGUUCCGCCGUCGCUCGCCGGUGGCGAAGAGGAGGGCGGGGGCGGCGGCGUGGGCGAGAAGCCCCGUGCCGGAGGAGCUGCUGGCGUUUCUGGCUUGCGGCGGGAGCGGGGCGCGUCGCCGCACGAGCAGGAGUAUCUCCCCGGCGCCGACGGCGGAGUCGUGUCCGGCUGAUGUGCGUCGGUGCCUGCGGGCCGGCCCGUGACUGAGUACACUGAUUACAACACGCGUCGACCGCGUCGUCUGUGGGGAUGAUUACUUUCUGGUGUGCUGUACAAAUGGGAUGGUUAUUAAUGACCAAACAUCAAUUUUGUUCCAGAAAAAAAAAAGAUAAGUGCUCAAUGACAGGACGAAGAAGAGAAAAAAAAAAGCAUAUGUUGGUUGUGAAGCUAGUAGAAUCUGAUUCCUCGUGGGAAGACGCGUUAUUCUUGACUCCUCGUGUCACAACCGACGUCAUUUUAUAUUUUUUUUGUCUCCGUGUUGAUUCAUCACGAUCGCCACUAGUGAGCACAUGUAUACUCCUCCUUUUGUCACAUGUUACGUGACUUAAAUUUGUUGA